AUGCGAUAUUUGACUGGCUUGUUAUCGUUAUUGGCGCUCUUGUUGAGUCUGGUUGCUGCGAAUGAGGUUUCAUUGAACGAGGUGGAGUGGAAUCAGCAGCGAUGCUCAGGGAUGUACAGUCGACUAGCUACUGGAGGAAAGAUCAAGCCAUUCAUUGAAGUUUCUCUUCCUCAGCCAAUCCGGUCUGAGGAGAAUCAAGUCGUUGCGUUAAUUAUCUUCGAAUGGACGGACGUAAACAGGAUCGGCCGAGUCGUUAAGAACGCCGCCGAGUCUGAGUAUGGAUGGACAGAAUACGCUUACGUCUGUGACAACUCCGCCAUCUCUCUCGAUCUGUGCGAGAAGUCCCAGUAUGGACAAUUCUUGCUUGAUCCGGCUGUGGGAAACAAUACGCGCAGUAUUUAUACGACUUCGAUUCAUUUGAAUGACACGACGCCGAUCAAGUACCCGGUUAGUAAAACUGGAUUUUACUGUGUUGGAACGGCGCCGUUGGUGUCCGGGGAGCAGUAUGAUAUCGUUGUCGAGUGGCGUAAUGCUUAUGGUGAACUAGCCGCUGCUGAUUACCCCAAGCUUCCUUUCUAUGGUGGUCUUGCCCUUCUAUACGCCAUUCUCGGGUUUGGCUGGGGUUUUCUGUACUGGCAACACCGCGACGAUAGUUUGCCGGUCCAGAACUACAUCACCGCGAUCAUCAUAUACCUCUUCGUGGAGCAGGUCCUUGUGUGGGGAUAUUAUGACUACGUGAACGUUCAUGGGAUGAAUAUUGGUGCGCGUAUCUUCCAGAUCGUGCUUUCGGUCUUGAACGCCGGACGUGUGUCCUUGUCGUUCUUCAUCCUCUUGAUCGUCGCUCUCGGUUUCGGUGUUGUGAAACAAUCUCUCGGACCCACAAUGUGGAAAUGCAGACUCUUGGCAAUCGUGCACUUCGUCUUCGGCGUUGCAUUCGCCAUCGCGUCUUACAACGUCACCGAAGACACCGCAGGCUGGAUCUUCCUCGCCAUCGUUCUCCCCUUGGCCGCAACCAUGACAGCCUUCUACCUUUGGAUCCUAACUGGCCUCACAAACACCCGCAAAGACCUCGAACGCCGUAAACAAUCCGCGAAAGCCCUCAUGUACCGCCGUCUCUGGCGCUUGUUAGUCUGGUCCAUCUCCAUCCUCAUGUUCAUGUUCUUCCUCAACUCUGUCGUCAUCACCAUGCGCGACGAACCCGAUUUCCUACCUUCGCAUUGGAAGAGUCAGUGGUUUGUGCUUGAUGGGUGGAUGAGUGUGCUGUAUCUUGCGGUGUUGGGGACGAUUUGUUAUUUGUGGAGGCCGACGGCGAAUAAUAGGAGGUUUGCAAUGAGCGAGGAGAUUUCGCAGGAGGAGGAUGAUGUGUUUGAGCUUGGGGAUCGAGAGGGGGAUGAUGACCUUGAAGAAGGCUCUGCCAACGGGGAAUCACAGGCAACGACUCUGCCCGACAAGUCCAUCCCGAGAACGGAUACCUCUACACCUAUGGCACUACAGGCUCAUCGAGCCGAGUCAGCACGCCCUGAUGCUAGCGCUCCUUCUUCUUCCACAAGGAGAAUAGAGAACGACGAGGGAGAAAUUGGGGAGACACUCUUUGCUGUCGGUGACGAUGAUGAUUUCGAUCGGUGGACGGAGGAUGAGGGGGAUGAUGAGGAUAUCGGGACGCAGAGAUUGGUGAAAAAGGAUAAGGAUGCGAGUAAGAAGGAUUAAGUGUGCGGACCUUUUCUUUGAUAUCUUGUCAUCCAAUUGACGUUUUUGAAAGACAUGUUGUGUUAAUCUUCCC